CUCUCACGCACACACACACACGUUGGUGUCCACCACGAUGUAGCUAACAGUUUUGUUUUGCUUUGCUGGUUUAUUCUUCGUGUUGAUUUGACCUGGUCUGGUGGUGAAAUGGACGAACCGGCUUCGUGGGAUUCUCAGAUCCAAAUGGGCUAAUGAUUUACAAGGGCAUAUACCAUCUGUUUUACCAAUACAACCCGAAAGGUGCGGUAUGGGGUAACAUCGUCUGGGCCCAUUCCACGUCGACGGACCUCGUGAACUGGACCCCGCACGUCCCAGCCAUCUUCCCGUCUCAGGAGUCCGACAUCAACGGCUGCUGGUCAGGCGCGGCCACCAUCCUCCCAGGGUACAAACCGGCCAUGCUGUACACCGGAAUUAACCCCCUGAACCAGCAGGUCCAAAACUUGGCAGUGCCCAAGAAUUUAUCAGACCCAUAUCUGCUUGAAUGGGUGAAAUCACCCCACAAUCCUCUGAUGGCACCCACAGCCAAGAACGGGAUCAAUGCAAGCUCAUUUAGAGACCCCACCACUGCAUGGGUGGGCCCUGAUGGGAGGUGGAGGGUGAUCAUUGGGAGCAAACGAGACAGGAUGGGAUUGACCAUUUUGUACAGAAGCAAAGACUUUGUUCACUGGACCAAGGCUCAACACCCACUUCACUCUGCUAAGAACACUGGGAUGUGGGAGUGCCCAGAUUUUUUCCCAGUCUCUACUCAAGUCCCUGUUGGCUUGGACACCUCCAUUAUCGGGCCAAACGUUAAACAUGUGCAUAAGGUGAGCUUGGAUGACACUAAGCAUGAUUACUACACUGUGGGGACUUAUAACUCCAUUGAGGAUAAGUAUGUUCCCGAUGAGGGAUCAGUAGAUAGCGAUUCAGGGUUGAGAUACGAUUACGGCAAGUUUUAUGCUGCCAAGACCUUCUUCGACAGCAAGAACAACCGGCGGAUCUUGUGGGGUUGGAUCAAUGAGUCGUCCAGUGUGGAAGAUGACAUCAAGAAAGGAUGGUCCGGGGUCCAGGCAAUUCCAAGGACCCUUUGGCUAGACAAAUCUGGAAAACAGCUGGUGCAGUGGCCAAUAUUGGAAUUAGAGAAGCUACGUACCGACCAAGUUGAUUUGUCCAACAAAUUGAUUAAGGGAGGAACAGUUCUUGAAGUGUCUGGUAUCACAGCUGCACAGGCAGAUGUGGAGGUCUCAUUCGAAGUAAAAGAGCUCGAGAAAGCAGAAGUGUUAGACCCAACGUGGACCAACCCACAAAUGCUGUGUAGCCAAAAGGGUGCUUCGGUUAAAGGCAGUCUUGGACCAUUUGGAUUGCUGGUCAUGGCUUCAAAAGGAUUGCAAGAAUACACAGCAGUUUUCUUCAGAAUUUUCAAAGGCCAGAACAAAUAUGUCGUCCUCAUGUGUAGUGACCAAAGCAGAUCUUCCCUUAACAAUAGCAAUGAUAAGACCACGUAUGGAGCAUUUCUGGAUGUGGACCCUGUUCACGAGAAGCUGUCCUUGAGGACCUUGAUAGAUCAUUCUAUAGUGGAGAGUUUUGGUGGUGGAGGGAAGAGUUGCAUCACAGCUAGGGUUUACCCCGUAUUGGCUGUGGAAGAUGGAACCCACUUGCAUGUCUUCAACAAUGGGACUCAGAGUGUUGGAGUGCCAAAGUUGAGUGCUUGGAGCAUGAAGAAAGCUAAAAUCAAUUGAUCCCAUCUGUUUAAGUAAAUGAGGGAAAUGACGCAUGAAGGAAAAGAGCGAGGGCAAGAAUCAGUGUGAUGGAGUUUUUUUUUAUGAUUGAAGGAAGAAGUGAGGGGAAUAAAAUUGUUUGCUUGUUCGCUUAUCAAAUAAAAAAUUUGAAACGAGUGUUACUAUUGGAAAAAGAAUAAUCAGGGAUUUCAAAUGUCCCCUUAAAUUAUAACAGAAGGUUAUUUGUCCGUCU